GGGAGAUGCUGUAGAGAUCGUGUGACUGGGAGCCCCAAGGCACAGCCUCUGACUUUAGGGGCCACAGCUGUGAAGAAUCAUGUGACUUAUUGGGGGUCUCCGUAAGUAGAAGCUCGCAGUCCAUGUUGGUUGAGAAGAGGCUGGGGCAGUCCGGGGUGGGUGGAGGAGAAGGGGGGCUCUGCACAGGGGGGCUGGGGCAGGAGCCCAGGAGCAAGGCUAGCAGGGGGUCCUGAUCUGAGGGUGACCGAAGCCCUAGGAAAGGACUAGAGGGACGUGGGGAUCCUGGAUCCAAGGCUGAAGGUGAACGCUUUCUGUUCAGUAAGGUGAAUCAACAAGGCUCUGGGAGGGGAGUGGGGUCUAGCGGUUGGUGUGGUGGGGAAACUGGAUUAGAACCCAGGAGUCCUAGCUCUGGAAGAGGAGUGCCAGGCGAGGCACUCCUGCAUUCCUGGGAUGCAGGACUCCUGCAUUCUGUUCCCAGCUGCGUGGUCGCUGAGUGCCACCAGGGUGCAAGAGGAGGGGAAACUGAGGCACAUACGCAACCAGGGUGCAGCGACCUUGUGGGGCGCACGCUGGCUGCAGGGCAACCCCCCAGCUCCUGCAGUGCCCUCUCCCCCGUAAGCAGGAGUGCAGACUCGUAUCGAGCGGCCCCAUCCCCUGUGCUGAGGGCUCUUGCAUGCCAGCCGGUUGGAGCUGCACAGCAGGGCCUGCUCGCUGGGCUGGAACUCUUCCGGCCUGCCGAGGUCACAGGCUGCUGGCGGGCUCCCAGUGCCGCUGACUCAGCGCCCAGGCAUCCCAAGGUGUGCUUGGCAUCUGAUAACCUGCCUAGGCAAGGAGCUGCGUGAACCGGAAGGAGCCCGCCCUGAGCAGACAGUCCGGAGGAGCCACCGUUGGGACAGGAGGAUCUGAUCCCGAAGACUAGACUCCUCCGGAGCCGGGUGAACAGGCAGCCUCCUCGCAGGGAGGCCUAAGCCGAGGUGACCAUGGACUUGGCCAAGGAGACGCUCAGGAAGGAGCUGGAGGAGGAGCUGAAGCUCAGCACGGACGAGCUGCGGAGCCACGCGUGGUACCACGGCUGCCUGCCGCGGGAGGAGGCCAAGUCCCUGCUGGGGGAGGACGGGGAUUUCCUGAUCCGGGACUCAGGCUCCAGCCAGGGGGACUACGUGCUGUCGUGCCGCUGGCGGGGCGAGACCCUGCACUUCAAGAUCAUCCGGGUGGUGCUGCGCCCUCGCCUGGGCUACUCCCGCACCCUCUUCCAGUUCGAGCAGGACCAGUUUGACAACGUGCCGGCCCUGGUGCGCUUCUACGUGGGCAACCGCACGCCCGUCUCAGAGACCUCGGGCGCUGUGAUCUCCCGGCCCGUCAACCGGGACGUGCCGCUGCGCUGGCUGCAGGAGCGCUACGGGGCCACCAGCCGGCUCUGUCUGGACGGGCAGGAGCCGGCCAAGGGGGACGCGGCUCCCCGCAGACUCAGCCUCCGCAGACUCACCGCUGGGGAGAGGGUGACAGACGGGAACCUGCUCCGAGUGAAAGACAGGAGUGGCAGCCACCCCACCGGGCUGGAUCAGCUGGGCCAGAGACCCUCCCUCUACACGGCACAGUCAGACAGUAACCUACGGACAGGCAGCCCGGAAGCUCCAGCCGGCACCCAGGAACGGAGCGAGCUCCCGCCCCCCUCGCCCGUCUUCCGCACUGGCAGCGACCCCGUGCUGCGGCCCACCGCCCCCCGGUGCCUGGACCCCGAGGGGGGUGCAGCCCUGAGCGGCUCGGAGGGGCAGCUGCACUCCAAGGCUCCCCCCAAGCCCCUGCGGGCCCCCUCCAUGCUGGUGGGCGACGCCUCCCAGGAGCAGCUCAGCACCUACUGUGAGCUGGUGCCCAAAGCCCCGGCCGGCCUGCGGAGCCACGUGGCUCGGCUGCACACCGAGGAGAAGUGGCGUGGCCGGGCCCGGGCCACGGACACGGCCUUUGGCUUCCUCGAGGACGGGGACGAGGUGGCGCCACUCCCCCGGCCGCGCCACUAUGAGGAGGAGAUGGAGGGCUUUGUGCGCCCCCUACUGGAGACAGCCUCCUCCUUCCAGCCCCACAGCUUCCACUCGCUCCUCCUGCCCCCUGACAACAAGCCUCUGGAGCCUGGCGCCCUCAAACGGCUCAAGGACCUUUUCGACCGACAUGACUGCCGGACCAUGGCCCUGCAUAUCCUCUACAUAGACUGUCUGGCUGGCAGGAUCACCGGGGUGACCAGGGAGCAGGAGCGGGCAAUGGGGGUGAGCUCGGGUCUGGAGCUGAUCACCCUGCCUCACGGGCACCAGCUGCGCCUGGACCUGUUGGAAAGGCACCAUCUCAUUGCCCUGGGCAUCGCUGUGGACAUCCUGGGCUGCACGGGGGCCGUGGCGGAGCGAGCCGCCACCCUGCACAAGAUCGUCCAGCUGGCCGUGGAGCUGAAGGGCUCGGCCGGGGACCUGUUUGCUCUGUCGGCCGUGAUGAAGGGCCUGCAGCUGCCCCAGAUUGCGCGACUGGAUCAGACGUGGCAGAAGCUGCGGCAGAGCCACACCGAGAGCGCCAUCGCCUUCGAGAAGGACCUCAAGCCCCUCGUGAAACGCCUCAGCCAGGGGGAAGGGAUCUCCUCCCCAGGAGAGGUCGCCAUCCCGCACCUCCUGCCUCUCAUCAGCCUCAUGGAAGGGGAGCAGCUCUGGGGCGACCAUGAGGAGAGCUGCGACCUCCUCCUACGCACGCUGGAGUCUGCCCGCUCCAUCGCCACCAGCGCCAGGGCCUACAAAGCCACCGCAGAGGCUAAGCUCCAAGGAUUCCAAGCCACGCCGGAGCUCCUCGAAGCUUUCCAAACCGAGUUCGCGCUCCGCUUAUUCUGGGGCAGCAAAGGAGCGGCCGCGGACCAGGCCGAGCGCUACAGGAAAUUCGACGCCAUCCUCACGGUGUUGUCCCAGAAACUAGAACCAGCGGGGAAAACGGAGCCCUGAGUUUCCUCCGCCACUGUGGCACGGACCACGAACCAUGGCUUGCAGAGCCAAGUCGACACAGGAUGGAGGAGCGACCGCGCCCCAGUGCCUGGAGAUUUCUCCACGAGCUUGGCCCCCGGUGCCGGUAGCAGGAUGGGGACAAGGGAACUAGCCCGAGACCGAAAGCCUUCCAGGCCCCACCGCCACAGAGGACGGUGGAUACAGAGAUUUCAGCGGCUUACGCCAGGCAGUAUUCUACCAGCCCCCUCCUGCCUUGCUGCUGGAGGCGGUUGCUCCGUGUACAGAAGCUUGGGGGAGUGGGACAGAUUGGUGGACACAUUGCACCCGCAAGCCUACGGAUUUUUUAAAUGCAAAAUGCCACUGCAGGUCUAGCUUCCCCCGCCUCUUUGCCAGCGUGGGAGGGUGUGAGCUGGUUAAAGGGAAUGGAGGAGCAGAGGGGAUUCCCCCUCCCAGCAGAGGAGCGGUGGCUGGAGCAAUAAACCGAAGACUUCCAGCUGGCUUGGAUAACUGCUGCAAAGGGUUGCUCCUGUCACUGGGGUGCCUGGAGGGGUGCCGGGGAGGUGGCUGGGGGCCCCCGGUGCAGCAGGAGCAGGGCUAGAACUCAGCCCGGGGCUUGAGCGCUGUUGCCUUUCCCAGGAGAGGACCGGGUGGUAGACACCUACUGGGCCCUUCACCCCCAUUCGGGGGAUGCAUGCCCUGCCCCCUUAGACUGGCUAUUGGAGACUUACAGGAAGUGAAAAGUCUCUCUUGGCCCCUGCCCCCUUCUCCCCUGAAAUGAGCAGGUUUUGGGCUGCCCUCAGUGCAUUAGGGGAGCUCCCCUGAGUUUGGGUGGCCCAGGGAUGAAGAAUUGCCUAAUGGUUACAGCAGGAGACCCCUGGGUUUGGCAGCCAGUUCGGGCAGGAAGCAGGCUGCAGCAGCUGGAACAGACGGGGUGAAGGCUAGGAGAGGCCGGCCAGGGGUUAGACUAGACGCUCAGCUUCUGCUGGCAGCUGCUGUUUAACUAAAGCAUCCUCCUGUCGUCCCCCCGACCUCAGCCCAGCGCUCUCCUCAGCGGAGGGCAGUGGGGAAGCGAAACCAGACA